UGCCAUUUAAUAUUUAAUCCCGAGCGCAGGGAUUGGGGCUUCCGUAUACGGUGUUUUUUCCUGGAUGCUGCGAAAGCAGGAUUAGGGAGGGCUGAAUGGUGCUGCAGCACGCCCCAUAUAACACUAAGUAUAGUGACUAGUUUGGACAGAUAUACAUUCGCCGGUAACCGAUUGCUGCCGCUUUCACUGCUACAGGUUUGUAAAAGUAUACUGUUUGUCGUUGAUAAUCCUCCGAGAUGGAGCGCUGGAAAGGCAGGGUAGCUCUCGUGACAGGAGCCUCGGUCGGGAUUGGAGCGGCUGUUGCACGGGCACUUGUCCAACAAGGCAUGAAGGUUGUCGGAUGUGCCAGGAACGUGGACAAGAUAGAGAAGCUAGCAGCUGAGUGCCAGAGUGCGGGCUACAGCGGCACGCUCAUCCCCUACAAGUGCGACCUGUCCAACGAGGAGGAGAUCCUGUCCAUGUUCUCGGCCAUCAAGACGCUGCACCUGGGCGUGGACGUGUGCAUCAACAACGCGGGCCUGGCUCACGACGAGCCCCUGCUCAGCGGCAAGACCGACGGCUGGAGGAACAUGAUCGAUGUGAACGUCCUAGCCCUGUCCAUCUGCACGCGCGAGGCCUACCAGUCUAUGAAGGAGAGGAACGUCGACGACGGGCACAUCAUCAACAUUAAUAGUAUGGGUGGACACAGGAUGGUACCAAGUGCGGACGAGCACUUCUACUGUGCCACCAAGUAUGCUGUGACGGCUCUAACCGAGGGACUACGGCAAGAGCUACGUGAAGCAAAGACCCACAUCAGAGCCACUAGUAUAUCUCCCGGAAUAGUGGAGACUGAGUUUGCAUUUCGGCACCACAACAGCGACCCGGAGAAGGCGGCAGCAGUGUACGAGAGUAUAAAAUGUUUAAAAGCAGAAGACAUAGCCAGCGCGGUCACAUACGUCCUCAGCGCAUCUCCUCAUGUGCAGAUCGGCGAUGUGCAGAUGAGGCCGGUGGAACAGGUGUCUUAGCAACGGAGCAAGAAGCAGUCGGUGGUGCACACAGAAGCAGCAGAAACGGUGUCUCCCUAGCGACCCCUGCUGGGCAACAAGAAGAAAAACGACAACUAGAGUUGGACUGCCUGUGGAGGAAUGUGGAUGAGGGGGAUCUGUGUACAGAUGUGUGUGUGUGUGUGUGUGUGCGUGUGAGUGUGUGUGUGUGGGGGAGGGUUCCCAGGUGUGACGAAAGGGGGAGGGAGGGCACUUCUUAACCACUACUCAAUUACUACUGAGUGCUGCAACAUGAUCUUCGGUGUACUUGCUCAGCCUUGUUCAAACGAUGCAACUGCAAACCAGGAGAGGGGGGGGGGGGGGAGAGUUACUCCUGUACCUUGCGGUCAUCUACACGACCGUCACCUCAGAGGGAAGAGGACGCCAUCAUUUACUUGUCUUUUUUUUUCUUUUCUUUGGUAGGUCAUAUGACAUAUCUGUUUGUAAUGAGAGAACACUGUUGUUCAUAAAUUCUUUAUUUUAAAUAUAUAUAAACGUAUUUUAAUGAUGAUUACAUAGGUGGGAUGUGGUUUAAUACACUGUACCCUGACUAAUAGAUAAUGCUCAAUCCAUUCUACCAUCUGUACUUAAGUUUUAACACUUUGGGUUGGCAUGGGUCAGGUUUACGAAAUGUUUUUUCAAAACCCACAUCAACCACCAAUUCAGUACGUAUGAGGGGACAGCCACAAGCACGAUUCUGUAAUCCCUUCCCUGUCAAGCAAAUGUAUUCCCCCCACUCCAUAAAAAUAUCCUUUGUGAUUUUAAACGGCUUUGUACUUUAGAAAGGGUAUGAAUCCAACACUCGCAUCCUGUGUAGAGGUGACUAACUCUUGAGUGCACUUGUAUACUCUCCCCAAGUGUGUACUUACAUGAUAAAGUAGAUAUUUCUCAAUAAAUGAAUACGAAUUG